GUAUUUUGGCAGAGGACAACCAUGGUCUCCCCACCAAAGCCCUGGGAGCGCGGUUCAGUCGCAGCUGCACCCUCCCAUUCAUUAUCAACAUCAGCGACUGCACCGACGACGACGACGAUACCAUCAGCACCAUCAGCACCACCCCCCACCCUUCCUUCUUCAUCCCCAUCAGCAUCCUCAUCUGAGCCUCCUUCCAUCCCCGCACGACCAGCAGCGCUAUCUAAUCCCUCCAUGUCGGCGAUGGCAUCACCAUACAACUCGCUUCAGUCGUCAUACAACUCGCCUUAUUCUUCUUAUUCUCGCAUGGGCACAUCUUAUUCCCCCUAUGGAGGAGGAGGAAUGUAUGGUGGUCUCGGAGGCUAUGGUGGUGGCAUGGGCACUUACGGUGGCGGGUAUGGGGGUUAUGGGAUGAACAGCAUGUAUGGAGGCAUGCCUGGUAUGGGUGGUAUGGGCAUGUACCCUGGCGGAAUGGACCCCAACAAUCCAUCACUCACCCAGAGCCUCGAGUCAACAACUCAGCAAACCUUCACAUUGCUGCACUCGAUAGUGCAAACCUUCACUGGUGUCUCACAAAUGCUCGAAUCCACGUUCAUGGCGACUCACAGUUCGUUCUUCGCAAUGGUGGGUGUGGUCGAGCAGUUUGGGCAGCUCAGGAACGCAUUGGGGAGCGUCCUUGGCUUGUUUGGCCUGGUCAGGUGGAUGAAGGACUUAAUUUCUGGACGGGGAAACUCUGCAUCCGGUGGCAUGCAAAACGAGUUCAGGCAGUUCAUUAAUGGAAAGCCUGUACUAGGCCCUGUCGGACCGCCUGCACCGAAACCAAACAAGAAGCCCCUUAUCAUAUUCUUCCUUGCCAUCUUCGGUGUUCCUUAUGCCAUGUCGAAACUCAUCAAAGUCUUGAGUGAACGAGCUCAGCAGCAACAGCAAUUGCAAGGUCAGACAGCUGGCGCUCUGGGUCCCUUGGAUCCUUCAAAACUCCAGUUUGCUCGGGCACUGUAUCCCUUCACACCAUCAACGCCCGCCGAACUUGCAUUAAAAGAGAAUGAAAUUGUAGCCAUCAUGGGAAAAUUGGAUCCUAACACCGGAGCUGAAGUAGAUCCUAGGAUGGAGGUGGAGACUGACUGGUGGAAAGGGCGGACGAGAGAGGGGAGAGAAGGAUGGUUCCCGAGGAAAUGGGUGGAAGUCCUGGCGAGGAGUAAGGUGGAAGAUGCUAAGAAGGUGGAUUGAGAUGAGUUAUAUAUUUUCUUGAUACUUUCGACUUCGCUCUUGGAUAUCACUUUUACCUUAUUCUGUCCUUACUGUCUUUCCUUAUUCUGAUUGUCUUUUUACGAUUAUUUUAUCCUCAGUACUGUGUACAUGCUGGGGAACAUAUCUUGUUGUCACAAGGUCUUACCGGAUGUAAAUGUUGUGGUCUUGAGCAAGUGUCAGUACCUCGUUGAGUAUUUGUACAGUUGAUACAUUGCAACCUUUACGGAAAUGAAAACUCAGUGCACAGUCAUUAAUACUAGUAUGCUUGGAUCAUUCCAAGAAACAUGUCCGCAAAUAUACUGAUAGAUAUCCAG